AUGGCCAGGCAUGCGAUCGUCGUCAUCGUCUUCCUCUCCCUCUUCGUACUCUCCACCGCCGCUCAGCUUCCAGCGGUGGAGGCCGCCGGCGCCGACGAACACUCCUUCGCGACCUUCGAGCCACGCACCACGGAGGAGCAGGUGCCCAUCGACUCGAGCUUCAUCCCGAUCGUCCGCGGCUUCCCGGCCGAGGGCCUGCGCUUGACCGACCGCCCAAUCCCAAUCCACGGCCGCCCCGGGCACCACUGCCAGCACGGGCGGCGCCGCUUCCACCGGGGAUUGAUCGUCCCGUUCGGCGACGACAUGGUCAUCUCCGGCGAGGAGAUGCGCCGAAUUCACCUCGGCCGGCGGGGCUUCCUAGGGAGAAAGACCGGUGGCGGCGAGUGGAAGGACAUGGGCGAGAUCUCGCUCUCUGAUCUGAUGAAGCACAAGGAGUUGGGUGCUCCCCGCGAGUUCCGCCACUCCCCUCGAGAUACCGAGCACGGCGCGUUGAGGAAGCACUUCUGGAACGUCCUGAACCGCCGCAUCUGA